AUGCAAACUCCACACAGAAAGGCCCUGUUCGGUUUGAACCGGAAUUCGAACCCAGAACGUUCUUGCUGUGAGGCGAAAGUGCUAACCACUACACCACCGUGCAGCCCCAUUGACGAUCAAUGGAAGGAAAUUUGUAUUAAAAUAUAUAAUAGUUCUAUAAAGGUUAGACAUAGACUUAUACAAUUCAAGAUUGUACAUAGACUCCACUACACCAGACAAGUGCAAACACAGGUACGCUGGCCCAUCAGCUGUGGUUUUGCCCCAGGCCCCGCCCUUUCCUGUCGCUUAUACCUGAUUAUAUAUCAAAGGCUUAUAGUAAGAGAUAAGAGAACAAGAUCCCUUACAUGCGGUUGACAUAUAGAGCAAUAUUUAUUAUUUUAAAAUGUAAAAUUGUUUCUUUUAUUAUUAUUAUCACUGUAUUCUUUUUUUUCUAUUUGCUGUUUGUUGCUCUAGACUUUGCUUUAAUCCUCAUGCUCAGUUGUAUCUGGGCAUAUAGAAUUACCUUGCCUCUAUGUUUUACGCUGAGUGCCUCCGCUGUAAUGUAUGCACUGCCUGUCCUUGAUAAACUCAAUUAACAGAUUCAAUAUAUAUGUACUGAGCAAGUUUGAAUCAUUCCUUCAUGUCCACUAGUACUUGUGGAAACAGCUGAUCAAUCAGGUAAGUUAAAUGUUCAAUGGGCUACAGAGCUUAUCUAGAAAAUGUUUUCAUCUACCGUUGAGAGCAUUUACUGUUUUUUUUUUUUGCAAUUGCAUUUUCUUUCCCAUCACUCUUUUCUAAUGUGAUAUCUACCACAUGGCAUCCAGAUCCCAGCGACAGUGUUUGAGCGAAAGUUAUAGCUUAAAUGACAGUAAAGAUGCAAAAAUUGAAAGCACCAGAAAUCGGCCAAAAGAACUGGGUGCCGUCUGUACUGUACAGAACAGAGGCACUUUAAGACCACCUUCCGCCCGACCCUCCCACCCAGCACCACUCCGGCUGCCUCCCUCGCCAUGCCCUGCCCAGGCUCAUUACACGGAAUCCAUGAUUUCUGUCCUCAGCCACUGCGAGGCACAGACGAGAAAAGAGCAACAAGCGGGUCAACGUUGUCUCAGUCGGAUCAGGAAAAUGCACAUCUCAUUGUCUCUUCUCGUCUUAUUCUUCAUGGGUUCAACUGCCAAAAAGCAAGGGGAUUUUGGCAUUUUUACCGCCUGCGUCACCAAGAAUGGGAGCCUCAGGUUGAACUGCCACUACGCAUACUGUCAGAGCUCUCCAUCGUUCGACUGUGAGUUCAAGACAUCGGACGGGGUCGUGAUGGCCAAGGCGUCUGACGAGAUGUGCAAGUUUAUCCUCCCGGACCAGGGUCGGCUGGCCGCCAAUGAGGCCGUGAGCUACAACUGCACCCUGACCCGAAGGAAGAGGAACGAAGAGAAGCAAAUCACCAUAGACCGCAGCGUACGCAAAGGGAAACAAGCCAUCAGGCCCUGCUGACUCCUGCACCGGGAUCCGGCCGCAGCGUGACCUGUGCUGACACUGUACCCGCGGAGGCUCCUUGUUGGACCCACACAGACACACAGCAUGAGGCGCUGACCAACAGAAAUCUGUGUCAUAUUUGCACGUCGUCUUCUGUACUCAGAAGAUUUUUUCUAUGUGGUUUGCGUGACGUCAUGUUCUUGUGUUGGCACUUUAACAGCCUUGUAGUUGUCUUGUGCAGCAUGAAUCAAGUACCAAUAAAAUAGUCACUGGCU